AUGUUCUCGUUUAUGCUUCGUUCCGCGUCCCACCAGCCGAGCGCUGCUGUUUCCGCCACUGCGAUGGUGUCUGUUUUGGGUCUGGCUAGUUUUUCGACCGCCGCGCGCAACGCCGAGGAACCUAAGGUGGCGCUGAGUCCCAAGGAGUUCCGCUCCUUCAAGGUGACCAAGGUGGAAGACGUAACCCAUGACACCAAGCGCCUGGUGUUCGCCCUACCCACCGAGGAGCACGAGAUGGGCACCACAGCGGCUAGCUGUCUCAUGGCCAAGUUCGACUUGAAUGGCAAGCCGGUCGUGCGCCCGUACACGCCCACUAACACAAACGACGAGAAGGGCAGGCUGGAGCUUGUGGUCAAGGGCUAUCCGAAUGGAAAACUGAGCAAACAUAUUGUCAACCUUAACGUGGGGGAUGAACUGGCCAUGAAGGGUCCGUUUCUCAAGUUCGAGUACAAGCCCAACCAGUACAAAAGUGUUGGCUUCAUCUGCGGCGGCUCGGGCAUCACCCCAGGGCUGCAGGUGAUCAAGGAGAUUUGCCGCAACCCAAACGACUCGACGCAAGUGGUGCUUGUCUUCUGCAAUAAAACGGAGAAGGACAUUAUCCUCCGAGACGAGCUGGAUGCACUACAGUACAUGUACCCGCAGUUCCAGGUGCAUUACGUGCUGAGCGAGGCCGAGGCCAAUUGGGAGGGCUACACGGGAUAUGUGACAAAAGAGCUCAUCGAGAAACUCCUGCCUGGUCCGUCAAACGAGAGUUUCAUCGGCGUGUGCGGACCCCCUCCCAUGAUGGGCGCUAUCUCAGGUAACAAGGCCCCUGACCGGAGCCAGGGGGAGCUCAAGGGCCUGCUUAAAGAAGUAGGAUAUACUGACACGCAGGUUUUCAAGUUCUAA